AUGGAAUGGAGAAAUCAGAGCCAACCAGUGACUGAGUUUGUGCUGCUGGGCUUCCCUGCACCUGCCCCUGUGAGGGCGCUGUUCUUUGCACUAUCUUUGCUGGCUUACUUGCUGGUGCUGACUGAGAAUUCCCUUAUUAUAGUGGCCGUGAAGAGCCACAGCACCCUCCACAAGCCCAUGUACUUUUUCUUGGCCAAUAUGUCCUUCCUUGAGAAUUGGUACGUCACCGUCACCAUCCCCAAGAUGCUGGCUGGCUUUGCCACCGGGGGGUCCGGAGCUGGCCAGCGCAUCUCCUUCUCAGGCUGCAUGACUCAGCUCUACUUCUUUCUGGGCCUUGGUUGCACUGAGUGUGUCCUCUUAGCCGUCAUGGCCUAUGAUCGCUACGUGGCUAUCUGUCACCCUCUCCGCUACCCGGUCAUCGUCAGUGGUCGGCUCUGUGUCCAUCUGGCAGCCGGAUCCUGGGCUGGAGGCUUUGGUAUUUCCAUGGUCAAAGUCUUUCUCAUCUCCCGCCUCUCGUACUGCGGCCCUAACCUGAUUAAUCACUUCUUCUGUGAUGUUUCGCCGCUACUUAACCUCUCCUGUACAGAUAUGUCCACAGCUGAGCUCACUGACUUUGUGCUGGCUAUAUUCAUCCUGCUGGGUCCUCUCUCCGUCACUGGGGCCUCCUAUGUUGCCAUUGCAGGGGCCGUGAUGCGUAUUCCCUCAGCUACUGGCCGCCAAAAAGCCUUCUCCACCUGUGCCUCCCACCUCACCGUGGUGAUCAUCUUCUAUGCGGCCAGCAUCUUCAUCUAUGCCAGACCCAAGGCAUUAUCAGCUUUUGACACCAACAAGCUGGUCUCCGUGCUCUAUGCUGUCAUUGUGCCUCUACUCAAUCCCAUCAUUUACUGUCUGCGGAACAGAGAGGUCAAGCAGGCCCUGAGCCAGACCUUGCAUCUUCACCACAGCUGGGGAGAUAGUCCCAGAAAAUCUGGCAGGUAG